GUUCGCCCCCCCUUGCUUUGCAUCGCCGUCUCCACGCCUGUGGCGGCGGCGGCAGCAGGAGCCCCCUUUCUCCACUUGCCUGCUCGGUCCUAAAGGAUUUACUGGAUGAAGAGCUUGCUUUUUUGGUGGUUGUCCUGGGGGACUGGCGAAGCGAGAGACUUCAGCUGACAAGUUUUGAUUCUUGUGGACAUAGACAUUUGCUGUUAUGUGAAGAGAUCACGUUUUCAUGGAUCCUUCCUGAGCCCUUCAACACUGGUGUCCUGCAAACUGUUAGAUGAACAACAGAGAUUCAGGAGCAGGGGAGAGUUUAUAUACUGCUUUUCAACAAGAACAACAAAAACCUCACAAGGCAGUUUACAUAGCAUAAAGAAUGCUAUCCCAAAGGGGCUUGCAAGCAAAGAAUGAAAAGAUGGUUUCUGUCCCAACGAGUCUCAGUCAAAAAAGAAAUCAAAAGAAGACACAAGCAACAGACAUAAGUGCAGUGUUUGGAGAUGACAACCAAAAGAAAAAUUAUUGGUCGCCUGGUGCCAUGCCGAUGUUUUCGGGGGGAAGAAGAAAUCAUCUCAGUGCUUGAUUACUCCCACUGCAGCCUUCAGCAGGUGCCAAAGGAGGUUUUUAACUUUGAACGGACAUUAGAGGAGCUUUAUCUAGAUGCCAAUCAAAUUGAAGAGCUGCCUAAGCAAUUAUUCAACUGUCAAGCUCUACGUAAAUUGAGUAUCCCAGACAAUGACCUUUCAAGCCUGCCAACCAGCAUUGCUAGUUUAGUUAAUCUCAGAGAACUUGACAUCAGUAAAAAUGGCAUCCAAGAUUUCCCAGAAAAUAUAAAGUGCUGUAAGUGUUUAACAAUAAUUGAAGCCAGUGUCAAUCCUAUUUCUAAGCUCCCAGAUGGUUUCACGCAGCUUUUAAACUUGACCCAGCUCUACCUAAAUGAUGCCUUUCUGGAAUUUCUUCCAGCUAACUUUGGAAGACUUGUUAAAUUACGAAUAUUGGAAUUACGAGAGAAUCACUUGAAAACUCUACCAAAGUCAAUGCACAAACUGACACAGCUGGAGAGGCUUGACCUAGGCAAUAAUGAGUUUUCUGAGCUGCCUGAGGUUCUGGAACAAAUACAAAACCUAAGGGAAUUGUGGAUGGACAACAAUUCUCUUCAAACACUGCCUGGGCCUAUAGGAAGGUUAAAGCAGCUGGUGUACUUGGAUGUGUCAAAAAAUAGGAUAGAAAGUAUAGAUAUGGACAUAUCAGGAUGUGAAGCCCUUGAAGACCUACUGUUGUCAUCAAACAUGCUACAACAACUGCCAGACUCUAUAGGGCUUUUGAAAAGGCUUACAACUCUAAAAGUAGAUGACAAUCAGCUCACAAUUUUGCCCAAUGCCAUUGGAAAUUUAUCUUUAUUAGAAGAAUUCGACUGCAGCUGCAAUGAACUGGAGUCUCUACCUCCCACCAUUGGCUACUUGCACAGUCUGCGGACACUGGCUGUGGAUGAAAAUUUCCUUCCUGAACUUCCCAGAGAAAUUGGAAGUUGUAGGAAUGUAACAGUUAUGUCCCUGCGCUCUAACAAGCUGGAAUUUCUUCCUGAUGAGAUUGGUCAGAUGCAGAAACUCAGAGUCUUAAAUUUGAGUGACAACAGAUUGAAAAAUUUGCCUAUCACUUUUACAAAGCUUAAAGAACUUGCGGCUUUGUGGCUUUCUGACAACCAGUCCAAGGCUCUUAUCCCUCUUCAAACUGAGGCCCACCCAGAAACAAAACAAAGAGUGCUGACUAACUACAUGUUUCCUCAGCAACCUCGUGGUGAUGAAGAUUUCCAGUCUGACAGUGAUAGUUUUAAUCCUACUUUGUGGGAGGAACAGCGACAGCAACGUAUGACAGUUGCCUUUGAAUUUGAAGAAAAAAAGGAAGAGGAAGAAAAUGCAGGAAAAGUUAAGGAAUAUUGCACUUUGGAAGGUUUUUAUCCCCAGCGGCAUGCUACUUCUGAGGUUGAAAUAAAUUUAAAGCGUUAUCCAACUCCAUAUCCGGAAGAUUUAAAGAAUAUGGUGAAAUCUGUCCAAAAUUUGGUGGGGAAAUCUAGCCAUGGAGUAAGGCCUGAGAAUACAACACCAACUGGCAGUACUGAGCAAGCUGUGAAAGACAAGUAUGAGCACAAGUGGCCAAUGGCAACAAAGGAGAUAUCAGUGGAGGAUUCUUUUGUACACCCUGUGAAUGAUAUGAGGAUAGGAGAACUUCACCCUUCAAUGGCUGAAGCACCAUUAUACCAACCUAAACUUGUUCUCUUGGGAAAAGAAAAAAAAGAGUCAACAGAUGAAUCUGAAGCAGAUAAAAUUCACUGCAUGAAUAACAGUGUUUCUUCAGGCACCUACUCAGACUACUCACCUUCACAGGCUUCUUCGGGGUCAUCUAAUGCUCGUGUUAAAAUGGGUUCCCUGCAGACUACAGCUAAAGAUGCAGUGAAUAAUUCUUUGUGGGGUAAUAGACUUGUUCAGUCUUUUCCUCAGCCUCUUGAGACAAAACCAUUGCUCAGCCAGCGGGAUUCUGCUCCAGCAGGAAAUUUGCAGCAGCAUACUGAUAGACGUCCAAUGAGUGACACCUUUGCUGACAGCUGGAAUGAUGGCUCUCACUAUGAUAACACAGGAUUUGUAGCAGAGGAGAGCACCGUGGAGAAUCCCAGCACUAACCCCCUGUUAAGCUCUAAAUCAAGAAGCACAUCUGCUCAUGGACGCAGACCUUUAAUUAGGCAAGACAGGAUAGUUGGCAUCCCUCUAGAACUUGAGCAGUCUACUCUCAGAAAUACUCCCGAAUCAGAAGUGCCUCCAUCUAACCCUUGGCAGAACUGGACAAGAACCCCCAGUCCAUUUGAAGAUAGGACAGCCUUUCCUUCUAAGUUGGAGAGCACCCCUACCACCAGCCCUUUACCUGAAAGGAAAGGAAAGGACUCUCCUGAAAUAACUAGCACUUUUUCUCCAGGAACAGCAUGGGAGUAUCAUGAUUCAAAUGCUAAUAGAAGUCUUAGUAAUGUGUUUUCACAUAUUCACUGUCGCCCAGAGCCUUCUAAAAAUGUCAUUUCCAUCAGCAAGAGUACAGAGAGACUUUCCCCAAUGAUGAGAGAUUUGAAGACUAAUAGAUUUAAGAAGUCACAAAGUAUAGAUGAGAUAGAUAUUGGCGCUUAUAAAGUUUAUAAUAUACCACUAGAAAACUAUGCAGCCACUACUGACAAUGCAGGAACACACGAAAGGCCAGAUAAAAUGAUGGGGCCAGAACAUGGAAUGUCUAGUAUGUCUCGUAGCCAGUCUGUACCAAUGCUUGAUGAUGAGUUACUGACCUAUGGAAGUGUAAAGGUGCAGCAGCAGCAAAAGCCUUCUGUCACUAAAAAAGUGUACCAGUUUGACCAAAGUUUUAAUCCUCAAGGAUCAGUGGAAGUGAAAGCAGAAAAGCGAAUACCACCACCUUUUCAACACACUCCAGAGUACAUUCCCCAGCAGAGUAAAAAUGUCUCUAAGGAUUUGGUUAGCCCAAGAGCUUACCGAGGAUAUCCACCCAUGGAGCAUAUGUUUUCAUUCUCUCAGCCUUCUGUUAACGAAGAGACUGUCAAUACUCAGUUCUCAAGUCAGGGAUCAAGGGCUGGGUUUUUAAGAAGAGCAGAUUCAUUGGCCAGUUCCACAGAAAUGUCAAUGUAUAGAAGAGUCAGUGAACCACACGAACUGCCUCAGAGCGAUAGGUAUAACAGACAUCAGUAUAGAGGAGCUAUGGAACGCCAAAGCAGCAUUUCUGUGUCUGAAUCCCAGUUCCUCAAAAGGAAUGGCAGGUAUGAAGAUGAACACCCUUCAUAUCAAGAAGUGAAAACCCAGUCUGGAAGUUUUCCAGUUAAAAACCUUACACAAAGGAGGCCAUUGUCUGCAAGAAGCUACAGUACAGAGAGUUAUGGUACUUCCCAAACCAGGCCAGUUUCAGCUAGGCCUACAAUGGCAGCUCUAUUGGAAAAGAUACCAUCAGACUAUAACAUGGGUAACUAUGGUGACAAGCCGUCAGAUAACACUGAUAUAAAGACAAGGCCUACCCCUGUGAAGGGAAAUGAGAGCUGUGGUAAAAUGCCCGCUGACUGGAGACAACAGCUACUUAGACAUAUAGAAGCUAGAAGGUUAGACAGGACUGCUGCUUACAAACACAACACUGUUAACCUUGGCAUGCUGCGGUCUGGAGGUUUGUCAGCAAUGCAUGCAGGCAGAAGCAUGACAUUAAACUUGCAGACUAAAUCUAAAUUUGAAAACCAAAUGCAUCAAGAGCUACCUCUACCGAAAACCCCAUCUCAACAGAGCAGCAUUCUAGACAACGGACAGGAAGAUAUUUCUGCUGGUAGCCAAUGGAAUCCAUAUCCUCUCGGAAGGCGAGACGUGCCCCCAGAAACUGUUACCAAAAAGGCAGGUAGCCACAUCCAGACACUGAUGGGGUCACAAAGUCUGCAACAUCGGAGCCGAGAGCAACCAUAUGAGGGCGGCAUGAAUAAAGUGACCAUCCAGCAGUAUCAGCCACCACUGCCAAUCCAGAUUCCUUCUCAGAACACUCGGGCACCACAAGCAGGGAGAUGUGUAAUCCAAACGAAAGGGCAGAGGAGUAUGGAUGGCUAUCCGGAACAGUUUUGUGUGAGGAUAGAAAAGAAUCCAGGCCUUGGAUUUAGCAUCAGUGGAGGAAUAAGUGGACAAGGAAAUCCAUUCAAACCUUCUGACAAGGGUAUCUUUGUUACUAGGGUUCAGCCUGAUGGACCAGCAUCCAACUUGCUCCAGCCUGGUGAUAAGAUUAUUCAGGCAAAUGGACACAGUUUUGUACAUAUGGAACAUGAAAAAGCUGUAUUACUACUGAAGAGUUUCCAGAAUACAGUAGACCUAGUUAUUCAACGUGAGCUUACCGUCUAAAUAUUUUUUUAUAAAUAGUACAAAUAUUGUCUAGCCAAAUCUAAUGUUUAAUUAAAUAAAAAUUUAUAUAUAGGGGGGAAAUUGCCAAUUGCUGGACCAAUGGCAAACAUAGUGCCAAAUGUAUAAUACUAUAUGUUAGUAUUUAUUAUCCUGGGAAAAAACUAUAUAAAUAUAACUUCCAUGUGAUUAUAUAUUAGUUUUCAUUGUAAGCCUCUGGCUGUGCAUUGGUGCAGCUUUUUGUUAUUUUUAAUUAUUUCUGGAUGUCAUGUAAUUUCAGAUACAGAAGCACACACAAGCUCUUUACAACUUCUGCUGUCCAUCAAAAACACUGCCUCAAAGUUGUAUAUGCCUUUAGCAAGAAAAACUAUAAUUCCCAUAAAGUCUUUCUACCACAUGUCAGAGAUAAAUGGUUUAUAAGAGAAUAUUUUCAUAGACACCUAAAAGAAUAUAUAUAUAUAUAAAAAUUAAAUUUUCCUAUUUUUGAUUUUAUUUACAAUGCAAAUACAUGUAUGCCUUAUGGAAUUAAAUUUAAAGAUACACACCCUAGUCCUGUGAGUGUGUAGGGUUGCAGAUGCAAAACUAGGCUUUCUUGUGUAGACUAUCCUUCUAGUGCAGGUCCCUCCCCCACAAAGGAGUACUGCACAGGCAAAAAUAUCCCAUAUCCAGAAAAUGGUGGUCAUGUGGUGGUACCCAUCUCUGGAACAGGACUACAUAUGCACUAGCAGACACAUGCUGAGCUCCAUCAGAUCUGACUGCAGCAAUCUGACUGUGGUAAACGAGGGACACAGUUCUUUCAUGCUCUCUCUCAGUGGGUGAUCAGAACUGAAAGCACCGUGGGGUAGAUCUUCAUGCCUAUCAGAACACUCACAGCCUUCUCUGAAUACAAGAAUCCUUAGAUCAAGGCCAUAUUGUUUAUAGCUGUUUCCAUUCUAAUUAGCAAUCAAGGUGAGACAGUUUAUAAAUAUCUUUAAUUCUGGAUCCUAUAAACAAACAUUCUAGACAAGAAUAAAUUAUCUUGCUUUUGCUGAUGGUUUUAACUUGCUACAUGUGAACUUGUGAAAUGGGCAGUAUAUCAUUUUAAAGAUUUCAGUUGUCAGCAUGAGGAGAAAACUUCAUAGUUAUGCUAAUGUUACCUUUGUUUAGACUGACAAAACUUUACAUUUAUACUUUUAGCCAGAUCUAACUAUCUCUGCUGUGUGUAGAUACAAACAGACAAACAAACUAACAAACAAACAAACAAAAAGAAGGUGGCUAAACAAUCAGGCAAAAAGCACUAAUAUUUUAAUCCCAAGUUUCCAAAAGCAAUCAUUCUAAAUUUAUAACACCAGAAGACCUCAAUCUGGAACAAUUCAUUCUUCAUUAAAGGCACUGAAUAGCCUAAUCUGAGUAGAAGGGUAAUUACAUAACACUAAGUAAAGUAGAGGAUUUAUUUUUCCUGGGACUCUUAAGUCCCAUAUACACAACUAACAUUUUAUCCUACUAGUGAUACCAUUGGUAGUACAACAUGGACUCUUUUCAAAUUCUUUAUAAUAUAACUAAAGUUGCACCAAGUUUUCAACGCAACAAGUGUGCUUUUGAGGGGUACAAAUACAUCUACCUUUUCAGUCUCACUUUCAUACCUGUUCACAUCCAUAGCCCCUUCCCGUUUGCCACGUCUUCAGUGCCAGUUUUUAAACAUUAACAGGGCUCUUGUUCCUCUUGCACUACAUGAUUCCUGCAUAACAGGAAGUAUGUAGUGAAUGUGUGACAUCGCAGGUGCAAUAUGGUGACUUCAAAGAGGGCAGUUGGAGCCCUCACGCCAAAGCCUUCCUCCAGCUCUAGUAGAUGCAAGAUGCACGGUAAGGCAUGAAUCCUCUUGAGAGCAAUAUUGUGCAAAUAAACUUCACCCACACUUGAAUUCGCAUUAUAUAACAACAAAUAUUUAUAUACUGCUAUUAUUAUUAUUAUUAUUAUUAUUAUUAUUAGUAGUAGUAGUAGUAGUAGUAGUAGUAGUAAUUAUAAAUUUGGUUUCUAUACCGCCCUUCCAAAAAUGGCUCAGGGCAGUUUACAUAGAGAAAUAAUAAAUAAAUAAGAUGGAACCAUGUCCCCAAAGGGCUCACAGUCUAAAUAAAAAGAAACCUAAGAUAGACACCAGCAACAGUCCACUAGAGGUACUGUGCUGGGGGUGGAUAGGGCCAGUUUAUAAUAUGAAGCCCAAUGUUCAUUGACUCAACAGUUCUGUUGUAAUGAUUUCAUUAGCACAGUGCAGUGCAGCAGAACACGAAACACUAGCAUGACUGCUAGUCAACAAGCAUGCAUUUACUUACACACACGCACACUAACAAACAAACAAACAAACAUACCCCCUCCCUGGUGAACACUUUUGUGCCAUUUCAACUCCAGCUCUGGAAAAAUUGUAGAACUUGAGAACAAUGGAAGAGGCAGGAAAUUUUCUCAAAAUUCAGCCACCGCUCCUCAGUUCAGCACAGCUCAUUUCUAAAAUAUAUUAAAUCAGUAGGGAUGUACAUGGAACCAGUUCCGUGCACUCCUGGGAGGGUGAGGGGAUUCUUUAAGGGGUAGGGGAGGUGCUGCCUACCUGCCAGCCCCUGCCCGGCUGGCACUCUCAUAAAAAAGCGGGUGUGUGGGAUGCAUGCGUGUUGCUGACGUGCAAUGCUGAUGGGGCGCAGGGAGGGACACUGCAGUCAAACACACCUGCUUUUUACAAGAGUGCCAAUGGGGGGGGGGCCUGGCAUGUAGGCAGCACCUCCCCCACCCUUUAAAGACCCUCCCCCACCCUCUGAACUGGCUUGAACACCACACAGAACCAGUCUGGCGCUCCUAGAAUAGAGUGCGGAACAUAUCCCUAAAAGUCAGUUCCCAAGAUUCCAUCACACUCUAGUGUGAUCAAGAAGCAGAAACAAAGACAGGCCAAGCAGGUAAGAUCGUCUUGGUUUAUGGUAUCCCCCAUCAAGUUCUAAAAGGCACGAAGAAUGGGAAUAGAAGUAUAGAAUAAUAGCCAUGGAAAUGUCAACUUUCCAUUCUUCCUUUUCCUACUGAACAAUUUAGUAGGUAUAGCACUUUGAGCACUUUAAAGAGCUUCACAGACAUAUCAGUAAAGUCUCGCCACUCUAAGUUUUGAAGGCACAAUUAGAUUAGAUUACUCCUGACCACCUGUAGAGAGGUGAAGAGAAUACAUCCAGGGCCUUCCUCACCUACCCCACAGCAAAGGGUUAGUGGAGGUCUGUACUGCUGCACCAGCACAGUGCUAGUCUGGAUGUCGGCCAAUAGUUUUAGGCAAACAUCAGUAAACUAUUAAUUUAUUUAAAAUAUUAAUAUAUCAUAUUCAACUUCAAAAUAUGAACUUCAAAGUGGUUCAUAUAAAAACAAACAAUAUUUAACUGCUAUCCACAAUUAGGCCACCAAAAGCAAAUGUAGAUGACCUUUCAGGGCUGCAUGCAGAUUUAAGAUCAAUUGUUGUUUAAUCAGAGAGUCCUGAAAUAAGCAAAUGCUGGGCAUAAGUUCACGUACUUAAGAGUAUUUUUCAAGAAUAAGUCAGUAUGUCAGCAAUGCAAUCCCCAUAUUAACUCCAAACUCUCAACAAAAAGACCUUUUUAUUGUGUAAAGAAAAACUAAAAGUUGGUAACCAUAAAAACAUAAGACAUUUUGGUAUGACACACCAUCUUCAGUUAAAUUCCUUAGACAUGAUAACACAGAGUUCUCUGAGAGAUAAUGAGUGUUGGUGGUGACGCCAUGAAGUUUAUUAGCCUCUGAGAAGAAUCAGGUGUUUUGUUUCCCCCUUCUCCGCCCCACCCCCACCAGCUCAUUAUCUUUCUGCCAGUCAGGGAACUGUGUUAUCGUGUCUAAGGAAUUUAACAGCUGGGGAACCGGGGUCUUCAUCUGUCCUCAUUUGUUUUUACUUAACUGAGGCUGGUGUAUCACACCGAAACGUCUUAAGGUUUUAUAUUUAUCAACUUUUAAUUUUUCUUUGCACAAUAAAAAGGUGUUUUUGUUGGGAGUAUUUUCCAAGUUUGCCUGUGUAAGCUGCUUGAAAGGGAGACAGCUUCCAAUUUUUUUAUAGCUUGCUCUGAGCUUUUCACGGGAAGAGCAGGGUAGAAGAGUAAUAACAUUCCGAGGCUAUGCACAUGAGCAGCCAAACCACAGCUUGGGCAGCCCUGCCUGAGUUUGGCUGCUUGUGUACAGCACCAGAAUUGUGGGCAAUCAUAGCGCUGCUGCCCCCACAAGCUUGGGAAUUUACCCCAGGCUUUAACAUGGGUUAAAGGGCACGAGCACACACUUUACCCCAGGUUCAAGGUCUUGAGUAUGCUCGGGCUGCAUGCAGCCUGGAUCACCCAACUCCUGGGGAGUCCCCCAAUGCACAGUGCUCCUUCCUGGAGGUCAGGAAAACGAGCACUGGAGAUCUGCACUGCAUAGAGCAGUGUGGAUUGUGUGGGUGUGCACCAGCGCACCAUAGAGGCUGGUGUUUUGUUUUUUGUUUUUUGGAGGGGGGGUAGGUCCAUCUCUACCUUCCCCCCCAUCCCUAUUAUGGUCGUGAGAACAACCUUGUUGUCUGAUUGUUGUUGCAUGUUGUGGGGCUACACUGACCUCUGAAUCCUAGAUUGUUCCCGCAGCCAGUCUAUCCUACAUGGAAUACUGCAGCGCAUGCCAAUCCUAAUUUCUCAGAGGAUUGUGUUUUGUUUUUAAAAUACAUAUAAUAUGUGAAAGCCAAAAUUACCACUGAAAAUUAUUCUUUUCAGUUCCCACCUUCUUGUCACAAUUUGACUCUUCUGCAUUUGUUCCCAUAGUGACAGUUCUGUAAGAAGUAAUACUGUUUAGUUGUCUGCAAAACGCUAACCUACCAAAUCUCAACUUGAAACUAAACUAAGAGUGCAGGGAGAAGCCUUGCUUUUGUUCCCACUUAGUACUAGGGGUGUGCAGCUGAACUGAGCUCACAGGAUGGCUCAAGGGAUAUCCUUCUACAAGUAUAAGGAGAUUCCCUAGACUACGGGGGUGGAGAGGCAAAAAGAGAAUUUUUACCUUCAGUUUCCUGACGGCAGAGGUGGCAUGGAAGCAGCGGCGGGGGCUCUUCCAAUUUCCCCACCGGCCUCCCAAAUGGCAGGCCAGGCCAUCUGCGGCCUGGUUAGGGCCUCUGCACACACAUAGAGCCCACUCUAAUGGCCUCUGCAGAGGCCCGAACUGGGCCGUAGGCAACCCGAUUCAGGCCUCAUUUGAGAGGUUGGUGGGGCACAUGGAGGAACCCCCGCUGCCAUCGCCGAUGUUGCCGUGGCUGCCUCCGCUUUGGGAAACUAAACUUUGCAAACAUACCCCACGAGCUGGCCCAUGAGCCAGUUCCUCAAACUGGGAAGAAGGUUUAUGGCCUGAACGCGGACCAACCCCCGCCCCCUUUGGGGGGCUGGUCCAGUUUGAACAUGGACUGCCUGAACCGGAUGGCUUGUUGAGCCCGGCACAAUCCAAGCCAGCUUGCACAUCACUACUUAGUACAACAGCUGUUCAGGGAUACAAGGUAAGAUUAGUACCCAUGGCAUCUCACUAUACCAAUUGAGCCAACAUUUCGGUCACAGUAGCUUGUUUUGGAUCUAUGCACACAGAACAUGCUCCUAUGGCAGAAAGUCCACAAAUCCAGCAUCUACAGAAUCAUCAUUUUCAGAGUGCCUGUCAUUCUUCCCCCUCCAACAAUGUGUAUGGCUCCCAACACCAUAUAUAAGAAGCUGUCUAGCUAUUAUGACAAGUCAGAACCCUAUGUUUAAUAAUUACUUGCCUACAGUAUGAUUAGAAGAGUCCAAAGCCUUUGCUGCUCUAGCAAAUGUUACUCAUCUCAUAAAGCAUAUACCUAGCCAAAUGAUAACAUUUGAUGUUACAGCUUUGCUAUAUUUUGUUUGUUGUGUUAUAUCCUGCCUUUCUUCCAUCAUGGAACUCAAGGUGGUGUAUGUAGAGUUCCCAUGCACAUAUUUGCAGAGCUUCAGGAAGUUUGCUGCAUCAUGUACCUUCAGACCAUGCUAUGGGACCAACAGGAAUCUAAUUUAGAUCUAGUUCUAAGUAACCACUACUGCAUUUUAAAAUUAUGUACCUAUGAACUCUGGAACAAAAGCAGCUUCCCUGCCAUUGAAGCUAAGCAUUUAUUUUCAGCAGGCUGUGCCACCAUUGUCCUCACUAAAAACAGUGGCUGAUGACCCAACUAAUGAAGUGUGCACACUUUAAGAGAUGAUGGGCUGUAAUGGAGUCCUUGCAUAACUCCCCCAGUCUCCCUGCAUGUGUGCCAGUGUGUGAGAGAGAGUCUGGAGUGUUCUCCACACUCCAAAAGGGCACUGCAAGAUUGGAAAUACAGCACUGACCACUGUAGGAGUUGCACAAGAGCGCCCAUCCGCACCGCACUUUCAUCAGUCAGGAUGUCAACCAGUAGUUUCAACACUAUACAGAGCCAGCAUGUGAUCUUACCAAGUUCUGCAUUUAACCUCAAUAAAUGCCUCCCUAAGAAAAAACCAGGCAAACAGCAAGAAACCUAAAGCAAAAUGCUACUAUGUUUGCUGCUUGGUAAGGUUAAAAAAGCACCACUAUUAUCAAUGGCAACAGCUUUUACCAAUACCGUGGCGGGGGGGGGGGGGGAGGAUUCAGCUGCCAUGUAUUUCAGGUAAAAUCAAGAUGGAAUUCAGAGUGACUUAUUCAUAAAACAUGUCCCCUUUCUUUACAAAUUGCUAUCAAGUACUUUGAAGCUAAUUUUUCUCUUCUUCAAGUCAUGUUUUUCAUUAAUUAUUAUUGCAUUGUAUUCCAAGUAUAAGACAAUGUAAAAGCAACUUUAAGGACAGUAGUUUGAUUGGCUACAAGUGCAGUGAAGAUGGAUUUAAAGCAAAAAACCAAGUGUUUUGCUACACUUGAUCGUGAUAGCUGUGUAGUCCAGCAGUGACACCCAGAGGCAAAGCAUAUUUUCCUCAGCACACGGAAUUUUAAAACCCAAAUUUAACUCUUAUCUGCAACAUACAGAAUGUUAACCGACGUAUCAUACUUUUAAAUUAGUCCUCCUUUACUAGUCUUUGUGAAUCUCAGAUGUGCAUUAAUAUUCAGAAAUAAUGUAUUUCAUGCCCCCUUGUAAAAGCUUUUACUCUAAACAUCAACAAGCCACACCAGUUCAGCACAAGAGGCUGAAUUUUUAUAAACUUGAGGCCUUUCCUGCCUCUUUGCUAGCUUAAGUGGCUUAACACUGGGCAAGACAAAGACUUCUUAGUUAAUUUUUCUACUUGUGAGUACUGUAAUCAAGUCAAAUCAACUUACUUUAUUACAAAUUUUACCAUUUUAUAAAACACAUGUUUAAUUAUAGAGAUAGCUGUAUUGUAAUUAAUAUUUUGAGACAAUUGUGGUUUUGAGCUUAAAUUAUAUACAAAACAGUCAUUUUUGUAUGUGUUACAAAGAUUGCUAUAUGACAAACUGUACUUUUCAUUUUAAUUACAGAAUCAUUGUAAAUAAGGCUGAAUGAAGAAUCAUUUACUACUUUAUGAACAUAGAUUGUGAAUGUAUUUAAAUGUUUUUGCAGUAUACAGAUUUAAUGAACUUGAAAGCUGCUUCAUUUUAUGUGCAAAAAGGUACUUUAAAGCUAUAUUUUAAAUUUAUUGAUUCGGUGAAAUCAAUUAUCUUUAGUUUGCACAUGCAGGUGGUAUCCUUCCCAUUUUAUUUUGUGUAUUGACACUAACUGGUAAGGUGCAUAUUGUGUCUAGAAUGCAUUUCACAGAUGCUUUCUGUACAUAAAAAGAAUACAGGGACUCAAACAAUGCUGUGCAGCGUAUAGCAGAGCCAUUUUCGGCUUUGGUGUACUCAACCUUUUUCAGUAUUUAAAAAAAGUGUUUUGAAUAAUAUAUUAAAAAGUCUAUUGUAUAAAUAAAGUCACCUUAUUGUAAA